UAGUAGUGAUAAAAAAAACUUAUAUCUACACAAUGAAGUUCAUUCUGUUUCUGGUGGCUAUUUCCAUUGUAGCGGCCGAUGAAACGCCAGGAUUUUUCAUAAAACUUUCUAAGAGCGUACCUCGCAUUGGACGGCGCGGGGAUUUCGAAAACUUUUUUCUGAAGCAAUCAAAGAGCGUACCAAGGAUUGGCAGACGUGGUGGAUUUUUCACUCAGCAUCCAACACCUCAAAAUACCGCUAACAACUGGUUUGCAAGAUUCAUGCGUUCCUCAAAGAAUCCCUUGGAUAAUGUUCCUUUGGAGAACGGCAAGCUUUACAACAAAGUACGACCAUUGGAUUUGCAUCACAUCAUUGACAUUCUCUCGGAUGAUCUAUUUUUCGGAUCCGACUUAAAAUUUAUUUCUUGGGAUGUGUUGGAUCAGGCCCUCGAGGAAGACCCCGAGCUGAUGGGUAAACUGAGUGCUCUGGCAAGAGACAAAGAAGUACAUCAAUUGAAACAGCUGCUAACAGAGAACAAGGAUGAGCUAAUCCAGUACGUACCUUUGGAGGGCGAAAAGACGGACAUCCACUCUGGCAAGGCCUAUAUUUAUCACACCGAUAGAGACGAACAGAAUUCAGAAUCCAACAAGGAAAAAAUAGAAUAUCAACAGUAAUAAGGCAAAUGAUGCAACCGACCUCUGUUAGAAUCUGUCUAUGCUCUAUUUAUUAAAUAACCAUUGAAUGAAAUUAUCUAUGUGGAAAAUAGAUUAAAUGGCCAACAUUUGAAUUGACCCUCUGUUGCAAAUGAUGUAUAUUUGUAAUCAACUAUUGAAUAAAAACA